AUGCGUAACUUUGGCAGGGGGAAGCUGUGCAGUUGUACCACUUUGAAGUUCGUGCUCCUUUUUUCCUCCGUGGCCAUCGAAGGCGCUCCCUUCGAUGUAAUCGCAGCUCAGGAGCCAGUGCUGGCCCUAGUGGGCUCAGAUGUGGAGCUGACCUGUCUCUUCUCCACAAACGCGAGCGCGGAGCACGUGGAGGAGCUGCGGUGGUUUCGACAGACUAGGUCGCCAGCGGUGCUUCUUUAUCAGGCUGGCCAGGAGCAGGAGGGCGAGCAGAUGACCGAGUACCGCGGGAGGGUGACGUUAGUGACCGAUGGGCUCCCGGAUGGCCACGCUACUCUACGGAUCCGAGGUGUCAGGAUCUCGGACCAGGGGGAGUACCGGUGCUCUUUCAAAGAUAAUGGCAAUUCCGAGGAGGCCGCUGCGCAUCUCAAAGUGGCUGCUCUGGGCUCUGAUCCUCACAUCAGUAUGGAAGUUAAAGAGAAUGGACAGAUCCAACUGGAAUGCACCUCCUCAGGCUGGUUCCCAGAACCGAAAGUGCAGUGGAGAACUCCCUCGGGGGACAGACUUCCAUUCACUGCAGAGUCCAGGAAUGAUGACGAGGAAGGCCUGUUCACUGUGGCAGCUUCAGUGAUCAUCACAGACAACUCCAUAAAGAAUGUGUCCUGUAGCAUCCAGAAUUUCCUCCUCGGCCAGGAGAAGGAAGUAGAGAUCUCUAUACCAGCUCCCUUUAUGCCAAGGCUAAUUCCUUGGAUAGUAGCUGUGGCUAUCAUCAUAUUGGCCUUAGGAUUUCUCACCAUUGGGUCCAUAUUUUUCACUUGGAGACUAUACAAGGAAAGAUCCAGAGGGCAGAAGAGUGAGUUUGGCUCAAAAGAGAGACUUCUGGAGGAACUCAGGUGUAAAAAGACCGAAUUGCAUGAAGUUAACGUGACUCUAGAUCCAGACACAGCACACCCCCACCUCUUUCUGUAUGAGGAUUCAAAAUCAGUGCGCCUGGAAGACUCGCGUCAGAUCUUGCCUGAUAGACCAGAGAGAUUUGACUCCUGGCCCUGUGUGUUAGGCCGAGAGACCUUCACUUCAGGGAGACAUUACUGGGAGGUGGAGGUGGGAGAUAGAACUGACUGGGCCAUUGGUGUGUGUAGGGAGAAUGUGGCGAAGAAAGGAUUUGACCCCAUGACUCCUGAUAAUGGGUUCUGGGCUGUGGAGUUAUAUGGAAAUGGGUACUGGGCCCUCACCCCACUCCGGACCCCUCUCCGGUUAGCAGCACCUCCUCGCCGGGUUGGGGUUUUUCUGGACUAUGAAUCAGGAGACAUUUCCUUCUACAACAUGAGUGAUGGCACUCUUAUCUACACUUUCCCUAGCGCCUCUUUCUCGGGCCCUCUCCGUCCCUUCUUUUGCCUGUGGUCCUGUGGUAAAAAGCCUCUGACCAUCUGUCCAACUGCCAAUGGACCUGAGAAAAUCACCGUCAUUGCUAAUGUCCAGGACACCAUUCCCUUGUCGCCACUGAGGGAAGGCUCUGCUUCUGGAGAAACAGAUACUCUCCAUUCUAAACUGAUACCUUUCUCACCUAGCCCAGUGGUACCUUAAUGAACAU